AUGGCGGAGACUCAAGCUCCCGAGGUUGAUUACACCCUCAACAACCCUGACACCUUGACCAAGUACAAGACCGCCGCCCAGAUUUCGCACAAGGUGCUCGAGGCCGUCGGUGCUCUGUGCUUUGAGGGUGAGAAGAUCGUCGAGAUCUGUCAGAAGGGUGACAAGCUCCUCGACGAGGAGAUCGCCAAGGUCUACAAGGGAAAGAAGAUCUCGAAGGGUAUCUCCACCCCUACCACCAUUUCGCCUAGCUCCUAUGUGACUCCCUACACCCCUCUGGUGUCCGACGCCGCCGAGGCCGAGACCACUCUGAAGGCCGGUGAGAUCGUCAAGAUCCAGCUGGGUGCUCAGAUCGAUGGUUUCGGUACCAUUGUCUGCGACAUGCUGGUUGUUGCUAAGAAGGACGCUCCCAAGGAGCCUGUCACUGGCCCCGAGGCUGACUUGAUCGUUGCGACUCACUACGCUAAUGAGCUUCUGCUGCGCCUCAUGAUCCCCCCUGGUCUGCUCGCUCAGGGUACCGAUGAAGAGAAGAAGAAGGCUGCUGCCCAGCGCGCCCCGACCCAGGCUCAGAUCUCUACUCUUCUGGAGAAGGUCGCUAAGGCUUACGGCUGCAACGUCGUCGAGAACACUACCAGCUGGCUGUUCGACCGCAACGAGAUCGAGGGAAACAAGAAGAUCAUCCUGUCCCCUGGCGAUGGUGUCCGCGGCGAUGGUACCCCCGAGGUCGGUGAGGUCUGGGGUGUCGAGGUCGGCCUCACCCUGGGCAAUGGCAAGGUCAAGAACCUCGACCACCGUGCUACCCUGCACCGCCGUACCACCACCACCUACGGCCUCAAGCGUCCUAGCUCCCGCCAGACCCUGUCCGAGAUCGUCAAGAAGUUCGGUACCUUCCCCUUCAGCUUGCGCCAGCUCGAUGACGAGAAGGCCGCCAAGGUCGGUGUUGUCGAGUGUGUCCGUGGCGGUGUUCUGCGCCAGUACGAACCCGCCGGCUCUGCUGACAACACCCCCGUGUCUCGUCUAUUGACCACUAUCGCUAUUACCAAGAACGGUGUCACCAAGCUCGCCACUGCCAACCCCAUUGAUUUCGACCAGAUCAAGAGCGAUAAGAAGAUCGAGGAUGAGGAGAUCCUCAAGAUCCUUGAGCAGCCCCUUGCCCGCUCGACCGGCAACAAGAAGAACAAGAACAAGAAGAAGAAGGCCACUGGCGGUGACGAGUAA